CACAUCCGACUGGGGUGUUUCUGAGGGAUUUUCUAAGUGCGCGCAGUGCACAAGGUUGGAGAUGGGUGUGGCGUGGCCCCAGUGAGAGCUGAGGGCUAUCGGCAGCUCCUGGAGAAAGCCUGCAUCUCAGCAGUCUCUGGUGGCAGCUGACGGGUCUGGGAGCAUGGGCGGAACCCCCCCAUGAGGAGGGAGCACUGGGCUCUGUCCCCCUGGUACCUCACAGCUCACUCACCGUCCCACCGAAGGACUGGGCUCUGCAGCUGAUGCUCGGUGGCUGAGGGUCUCCCUGGAGUGCACUGGGCUGGGUGUCAUGCUGGCCUCGGUAGCUGAUGUUUUAGGAGUGAAGACAGGAAGGCAGGAUCACUGCCAGAGGUAUUUCCUUGGCCAGGGAAGGCCAAGCCAAAGCUGGCUGCUACAAACGCCUUUUUCCAUUAACUACGCAUCCCACCCGUCUGGCAAAUCAGAGUCCUCAUUCCUAAGGCGUGGAAAAGCCCCUGGGAGGUGACAAGGCCACAGCCAGCCCCGCCCCGGAGCCUGACACGCAGAGUGGAGCCUGAGCAGUUGGUGGGAAGUUGGGAGUGUAGCUGUGGUUGGCAGAUGAGGGGCCGCAGCUGCUAGAGCGAGUGAGACUCAGGAUGCAGUGCAGCAUGGCCAGGACCCUUUAUCUGGUGGCUGCCAUUUGUCUCCUCCCUGGGGUGACUCCGACCCAGCACCUUGCAGGGCAGCCCAUGGACAGCACCGGCAUGGGAGGUGGCCUGAAGGAGCCAGAGGCACCGGAAGUGAUGCUUGAGCUGCUCUGGGCUGGUCUGGAACUGGACGUCACGGGGCAGCUGGACAUCCAGGACGAGGAGCUGGCGUCCACACGCCCAGGCCACCGCCUCAGGCUCCUCCUGCAGCAGCUCGUGCCCAGGGACUUAGAGGGCACUGAGCAGCGGCCGCAGCAGCUCCAGGGUGUCCGGGAGGGACCUCCCCUUAGCCCUUGGGACUUUGAGCAACUGCUCCUCACAGGCCUAUCCUGCAUCUACCGGCUCCAUGCAGCCAGCGAGGCUGAGGAGAUGGGUCGUUGGGCCCAUGUCUUCACCCUCCUGGCACAGGAAGUGCUCUGGGACCUGUGCAAGGGCUUCUGUCCCCAGGGUCAGCCCCCUUCACUGGGGCCCUGGGCCUCCAUCCUUGACCCCGCCCCUUGACCCCUCCCUUUCACCUGCCAUCUCCUCUUCCUGGCACCUCCCCCUCGACCUGAUCCAGACCCAUGCUGGGCAGGGGGUCUCACCUGACACCUGGACCUUCCUACUCAGAGCUCCGGGCUGGACUUGCACCCUGGGUACCCCCACCCUGAUGCUUACCCCACCUUGUUCUCUGGACCUGGAAAGCCGGUAAGUCCAGGCCCUGGGUCCAGGCAGCAGGCACACAGCCAAAGGCAGGCAUGUAGGUAGAGUGUGCGAGCAUGCAUAUGUGGGAGCCAGGUAUCGGGACUGAGAAGUGUGUUUAAGCAAUGGAAAGGGAAACUGCUCUGAGCAAGCUCAGGGCUGAUUCUCCAACUCCCAGCCCCAGGCAAUCUGGGAGAGGCCCUGUGGAAUCCCAGCACUCAGUCCUGAUUCCCAUAUUCCCUUCAAGCCUGACCAGGCUCUGCUCCCCACCACCAUCCCCAGUUCCCCAUCUGGGCCUGUGCACAGAGGACUUCUCAAGCAUUUCUCUGUGGAGGGAAGGAAAGCAGGUGGAAGAACAUUACAUCUUUGGGGAGGGAGAAAAAAAUGACUUUGGUUCCAGGUCAACAAGCCUCCCAUGAACAUCUCAGCAAGAACAAGGCUGGAAGGGGACCCACCCACUCAGACUAGCUGGGGGAGGCCGCUGACUGUAGUUCUUCCCAUAAAAGACUCUGCUCUGGCCUCCUGGGGCAUAUGUGUCAUUCUUCUGCAGAAGCUGUCUAAGGAUGUCCUGUCAUAUCACCCUUGUCCUGGGAGGGCAGGAGGCUGGGCAACUGUGCAUCAACCCUUCACCCCAUUCCCACACCCUGCUGGAAGAAACAUGCUGUUUCCUUCUAUCCUAGCUUUACAUUGGGAAGCUGUCCCUUGUCAUAAACAGAAAUCAGAAGGGCCCUAAGAAUAAGGCUGUAAAUCAGCAGGUGCGGUGGCACACAUCUGUAAUCCCAGCACUCAGGAAGACCGAGGCAGGAGGAUCACAAGUUCAAGUCUAGCCCGACCAAUUUAUUUACCCAGACCCUGUCUCCAAAUAAAAAAUACAAGGCGGGGCGGGGGGUGGGAGCGCUGGGGAUGUAGCUCAGCACGAAGGGCUGGGUUCAAUCCCGAGUAUACCAGAAAAACAAAAUCAAGAGGGACCGACUGAACAAGGACACAGGGUUCGGCCCACCACAGGGUAGGCGACUAUGCUUCACAUUC